GAGUAUAGAAAAAAGUUAACAGAAGUUGUGACACAAUUCUUUUCCACCACACCCCACUAGUGAAUGCUUAAAGGAACCUGAGUUUUUCUCAUCCUCUCUCUCUAUAAUUUCCUACACAGAGCCUCCCAGAAUUUAUACCGCAGAUUUCGUUAGAUUGUCUCAAAUUCCCUCCUGGUUCCACUUCAUAACCCAUUAGUCUCUGCACUUCAUACUUACACCCUUACACGUACAAUGAAUAAAUAAAUAUUUUUCCGUCAAACCAAAAACAAAACCUGGAUUUUAUACAUUUUAGGUCUAUCCUCCCCGUAGUCUGAGAUUUUUGACCUUUUCCAUGUCAAUAUGUAGAUUUUUAUUGGGUUUCUUUUAAAACUUUGAUUCAGUGUCUUUAUUGAUUUAUAAUCACCAGCAAUAAGAAAUUAGCAUUUAGGACUGGGGCUUCUACCGUAAUUUUUUUCAUCAAAGAAAUAAUUUUUUUUUUAAUCAUUUUCUGUAAUUAAGUUGGAAUGGAUCUGAGAGCCGUUGUUUGAAUUUGAGGAUUUGAUUGUUGAGAAGAAGUUAUCACUUUUGGUGUUGAAUGGUUAACUGUAUAAUCAAGCAAGAUUAAUUUUUUUAUUUGGGUCGUUUUUAAUUCAUUUUUCGAAAUUAAGUAUGGAUCAUGUGAUUGGAGGUAAAUUUAAGCUGGGGAGGAAGAUUGGAAGUGGAUCCUUUGGAGAGCUUUAUUUGGGAACAAAUAUACAAUCUGGAGAAGAAGUUGCUGUGAAGCUGGAAUCUGCUAAAACUAAACACCCUCAGCUUCACUAUGAAUCAAAGUUGUAUAUGCUUCUUCAGGGAGGCACUGGGAUUCCCCACCUUAAAUGGUUUGGAGUUGAAGGGGAGUAUAAUGCCAUGGUUAUUGAUCUUCUUGGACCUAGUUUAGAAGAUUUAUUUAACUAUUGCAAUCGGAAAUUUACAUUAAAAACAGUUCUAAUGCUGGCUGAUCAGUUAAUCGCUAGAAUAGAGUACAUGCAUUCUAGGGGUUUUCUUCACCGUGAUAUAAAGCCUGAUAACUUCUUAAUGGGGUUGGGGCGCAAAGCAAGUCAGGUAUAUAUCAUUGACUAUGGGCUUGCAAAGAAAUAUAGGGAUCUUCAAACUCAUAAGCACAUACCAUACAGGGAAAAUAAAAAUCUCACUGGCACGGCUCGUUAUGCUAGCGUAAACACCCAUCUUGGAGUUGAACAAAGCAGAAGGGAUGAUCUAGAAUCUCUUGGUUAUGUCCUUAUGUACUUCCUCAGGGGAAGCCUCCCUUGGCAGGGCCUGAAAGCUGGCACUAAGAAGCAAAAGUAUGACAAAAUUAGUGAGAAGAAGAUGCUUACACCUGUAGAAGUUCUUUGUAAAUCUUAUCCAUCGGAGUUCAUAUCAUAUUUCCAUUAUUGUCGAUCAUUGCGAUUCGAGGACAAGCCUGAUUAUAUGUACUUGAAGAGGCUUUUCCAAGACCUCUUUAUUCGAGAAGGUUAUCAAUUGGACUAUGUGUUUGACUGGACUAUAUUGAAGUAUCCACAGAUUGGCUCCAGUUCUAGAGCACGACAGCCAAUGGGAAAAUUACCCAUAAACCCUGGGCUAUCGGCUGAAAGAGUACACAAGACUCCAGUGAAGCAAGAAGUUCGAGACAAAUUAUCUGGUGCAGUUGAAGCAUUUGCCAAAAGGAACGGUUCUAAUGGAGGCUUGCACAGGGAAAACUCGAGGCACAGAUCGGUAGACGUGCCAUCAUCAAAAGAUGUGCAACCUGAUUCUGAAAGAGGACGGUUAUCUCGCACUGGUAGCACUUCAAAGAGCCGCCUACUAUCAAGCAGCAGGCCAAGCUCCUAUGGGGAAGCCAGUGAAAAUCGCAAUAGCCGGUUAGGUUCUGGCAGCGGUCGACUAUCCACCACUCACAGAUUACAACCUGGCUUUGAGUCCAAAUCUUCUUCUUUCAUGCGUGCUGCAGUCUCCAGAGGCGGCCAUGAUGAUGCUCUCCGUAGCUUUGAGCUUCUAAGAAUUGGCUCCGGGAAAAGAAAAUGAUGAAAUGGCGUAUUUGAAACAUUGUGGUUGUGUUAAAGCCUCAUUGUUCCUACCUUACAAUGGAAAUAAAGCGACCCUAUUUUAUACAUUCGUGACUCUGAGUAUCGGGUAUGCAACUAAAAUUUCAUGGGUCGAGUUUAACCGUGUGGCCUAAGAAUUCAGCUGUCGUAAAGCCACUUCUUUGAAAAUUGUUACUUACUAUUCUAGCUUUAACCUUGUAUUGUAACCCAACAAUGAUGCAUGUUAUCGUUAGACUAUUGUAGUUCUACUAGUACUUGUCUUAUCCAUUGUUAUACAACUUUCCAAAUCUUUAGCUCCUUUUGUCA